GCGUCAGCAGCAGCGGCGGCGGCGGCGGCGACGGCAGCGAAAGCAGCAAGAGCAGCGGGGCGGCCCGCGCGGGUGUUUAUGUCGGGUCGCGGUGUCUCCCAGCAGCAUGGCGGACUACCUGAUCAGCGGCGGCACCGGCUACGUGCCCGAGGAUGGACUCACCGCGCAGCAGCUCUUCGCCAACGCCGACGGCCUCACCUACAACGACUUCCUGAUUCUCCCAGGAUUCAUAGACUUCAUAGCUGAUGAGGUGGACCUGACUUCAGCCCUGACUCGGAAGAUCACCCUGAAGACACCGCUGAUCUCCUCCCCAAUGGACACUGUGACAGAAGCUGACAUGGCCAUUGCGAUGGCUCUGAUGGGCGGUAUUGGUUUCAUUCACCACAACUGCACCCCGGAGUUCCAGGCCAAUGAGGUGCGGAAGGUCAAGGCAAGUACCAGGCCUGUCCCCAGAAAGAAGAUGCGACCUGGCCGCCACCUCCGUAGAGAUCCUCCUACCCUCCCACGCCCGCCCUGCAGGCUGGUGCAUCCCCUGGCCGAUGGCCGUGGGGUCUUGUCUGCUCGUCUCCACGGUGGGGACACGGGGCCCAGCCCUCAUCUUUCCACCACCCUCUCUCCCCAUUCAGGGCCCUGGCUUCUCUGUGGCAUGGCUCGACGACUUCUAGCCUUUUCCUUCCCCUGUCUUUACCCACAGAAAUUUGAACAGGGAUUCAUCACAGACCCCGUAGUGCUAAGCCCCUCACACACUGUGGGCGACGUGUUGGAGGCCAAGAUCCGGCAUGGCUUUUCAGGCAUCCCUAUCACUGAGACAGGCACCAUGGGCAGCAAGCUGGUGGGCAUCGUAACCUCCCGAGACAUUGACUUUCUUGCCGAGAAGGACCACACCACCCUCCUUAGUGAGGUGAUGACUACGCGGAAUGAGCUGGUGGUGGCUCCAGCGGGUGUGACAUUGAAAGAGGCAAAUGAGAUCCUGCAACGCAGCAAGAAAGGGAAGCUGCCCAUUGUCAAUGAUCGUGAUGAGCUCGUGGCCAUCAUUGCCCGCACUGACCUGAAGAAGAACAGGGAUUACCCUCUGGCCUCCAAGGAUUCCCACAAGCAGCUGCUGUGCGGGGCGGCCGUGGGCACCCGUGAGGAUGACAAGUACCGCUUGGACCUGCUCACCCAGGCAGGCGCCGAUGUCAUUGUGCUGGACUCCUCCCAAGGGAACUCUGUGUAUCAGAUCGCCAUGGUGCACUACAUCAAGCAGAAGUACCCCCAGCUCCAGGUGAUUGGGGGGAAUGUGGUGACAGCAGCUCAGGCCAAGAACUUGAUCGAUGCUGGUGUGGAUGGGCUGCGUGUGGGGAUGGGCUGCGGCUCCAUCUGCAUCACCCAAGAAGUGAUGGCCUGCGGUCGGCCCCAGGGCACUGCUGUGUACAAGGUGGCCGAGUAUGCCCGGCGCUUUGGGGUGCCGGUCAUCGCUGAUGGUGGCAUCCAGACCGUGGGUCAUGUGGUCAAAGCCCUGGCCCUUGGAGCCUCCACAGUGAUGAUGGGCUCCCUGCUCGCCGCCACCACGGAGGCCCCUGGCGAGUACUUCUUCUCGGAUGGGGUGAGGCUCAAGAAAUACCGGGGCAUGGGCUCGUUGGAUGCCAUGGAGAAGAGCAGCAGCAGCCAGAAACGAUACUUCAGUGAGGGGGACAAGGUGAAGAUCGCACAGGGGGUCUCAGGCUCCAUCCAGGACAAAGGCUCCAUUCAGAAGUUCGUGCCCUACCUCAUAGCAGGUAUCCAGCACGGCUGCCAGGAUAUCGGUGCCCGUAGCCUGUCAGUCCUGCGGUCCAUGAUGUAUUCAGGGGAGCUCAAGUUUGAGAAGCGGACCAUGUCGGCUCAGAUCGAGGGUGGUGUCCAUGGCCUGCACUCCUAUACCUUUCUGCCGUUUACGAGAAGCGGCUGUACUGACGAUGGUGGUGGAAGCCGGGGCAGUGGAGGGGGUGCACCCCAGGAUGCCCCUUUGAGCACAGCCUCCCUCCAUAACUGAGUGGUCCAUAGAUUUGCACUACGGAUUCCCCAGCUCCUUUCCAGGGAGAGAGGAGGGGAGCCCCUGAGGGUCUGCGGCCCCUCCUGGCCCUCCCCUGCAGAGUCAGGACUGUUCCUGGGGCUCGGAUGCCCUGGGAGCCCCCCGGACCCCCCCUCCUCCAGUCCCCCUGAGCCUAGCCAGCCUGGGCUCUCAGGCCCUGUGCCUGCCUCAGGUCUUUCUCGCCGCAGCCUGCUCCGGCCUGGCUCCCACCCCUGGGGCAGGUGGCCCCUCCUGGCUUCUGUAGGGCACCUCCCUCCCCACUCCCCACCCCAGAAAUGGUGCUCUCCUGGCCCUGCCUCUGGCCCCUUCCUGGGCUGCUGCCCGCUCAGCCAUGUGGCACUUCUGGGCUCCUGACCUAGGCCAGAGGGAGGUCUCUGCCCCCUUCCCCUGGCCCUAGGCUCCCCAGGCCCUGCUCCUCAGGCCACUCCCCCUGUUCCUGGCCCUGGGGAGGAGGCUGCCCGUCCUUCCUGGCUCCCUGCCAUCCCCAGGUGUACCGUUCCUGCCCUCUCCUCUCAGCUGCAGUCGGAGGCUUUAACUUUGCACACUUUGGGGUCACAGUUGCGUCAUUGUAUAUUAAAUAACCUGAAUAAAUCAAGAGGUCUCAAUA